CCGAACAUCAACUUCUUUUUCUGUGUAUGCUGGUACAUAGAGUCGCAAGGUGUAGUCCCUCAAUCUGGCAAGGUGUUUGUUGAAAUUCGUGGGUGAAUUCUUGUACAAGCAUUGAAAGUGUAAAAACAUGACCGGAAAAGGGGGGAAGAAGAAGGGACCUAAUGCAGGAGCUGGAUCUCAGCCGCGCGUUUCCAUGACGCUGAGAGAGGAAUCAACUGGGAAGAAACAGGGCAGUGUUAAUUUCAAGAGUAUGUGCAAGCUAGACCAUAUGAAAAACCUUGCAGUCUGGGCCGCUGCCGAAGCCUCUAUCCCGUCGCUUGGAGCUUUCUUUGGGGAACGCCUGGCUGCGGCAUCCGAGGCCUUGGGCAUUCGCUCUGACCCGUCUUUGUUUGUCUGCGAGAGGUGUGAAUCUAUUCUGCAACCUGGCGAUAACUGCACUGUCCGGAUUGAGAAGAAUAUGUCAAAGAGUAGGUGCAGACGCAAGAAAUCUAGUCUUACCACACAGAAUAAUGUCGUUUACAGAUGCCACUUCUGUUCUCAUCGAAAUGUGAUGAGAGGAACGCCAAAAGGCUAUGUAAAAGAGAUAUGUCCACCCAACGCUAAGCCACCACUGAAAAUAGAGUCUGCCAUAUCUGCUGUAGAAAAAUGUGCUAGCUCAGCCAUUACUACAAAAAGUAUCGUGAAGGUUAACAAGGUGGAUACUGUUGCUUUGCCAACAAUAGACGAACAGAAUCUUGAAACAAGUAGUCCAGCAACUCCAUUGCCGACAACUGCUCUUUCUUUAUUGGAUUCAAAGAGGAGGAAAAGGACUAGGUCGGGUGUGAAGAAAGCAGCUGCACCUGAAACAAUCUCAACUGCAGCUGAUGCCGAGAAAAGUAUCAAUGCGUCCAGUAAGAGGAGGAAAAAAUCCUGGACAAGUCUGAAGGAGAUUGCUGAAAGCAGCGAGCACGAGAUUAGCAAGAAGAAGUUGACAAAUUCAACCAUUCCAUUCUUUAUUUAAUAGGAGACUUAUACAGCAUAUCCAUUGCACAAUGUAGAGUUGGAGCAAUUACUAAAAUUUCAAAAUUGUGUAGCACUCCAUUCUUUUAUUUAAUUUUGAGAUUUGAUGAUAAUUCCAAUAGUUAGUAAUGAUCAAUGAAAACUUAGUUAUAAUCCAAAAGAAUGUUGUCUCGUUUUGAUCACUGUAAUGCCCAUAUUUCCUCUGUCCUGGUCAUGUUAAUCAGUAUGAUGUGUACAUACAUGUCUUACUGCACAUUUUGCAGUCGGAUGUACUUUUAAAUUGGGAAUACAGUAUAGAAUGCUGAAACUUGUUCG